AUGAAAAACAUAAAGCGAGACUUCCACCGCGUCGGUCGCCACGGCAGCACUCGCUCCUUCAGCGAAUCGAACAUGCCGCAACAACUGAAUGGCUCGACUGAGCACACCCCGCUGAUAGCCUCCACCCGCGCCGACGAGCCCGCCUACACCCGGCUGCCCAAGCACGUCGUCCACCUCGUCUACCAGACCCUCGUCAGCAACUAUGUCAACGUCUUCCUCGUCUUCGUCCCCAUCGGCAUCGUCGCCGGCGCCAUGGGCUGGAACCCCACCGCCGUCUUCAACCUCAACUUCAUCGCCAUCAUCCCCCUCGCCGCCCUGCUCUCCUUUGCCACUGAGGAGCUCUCCGCCAAGCUCGGCCAGACGCUGGGUGGCCUCAUGAACGCCACCUUUGGCAACGCCGUCGAGCUGAUUGUCAGCAUCGUUGCCCUCAAGCAGGGCGAGAUCCGCAUCGUCCAGGCCAGCAUGCUGGGCAGCAUCCUCUCCAACAUCCUGCUCGUCCUCGGCUGCUGCUUCCUCGCCGGCGGCAUCCGCGAGCAGGAGCGCAGCUUCAACGAGACCGUCGCCUCCACCAUGUCCUCGCUCAUGGCCGUCGCCUCUGCCUCGCUCAUCAUCCCCGCCACCCUCUACGCCACCAUCUCCGGCGACAAGCAGAACGGCGGCACCCACGAGGCGGAGAAGAACGUCCUGCUCCUGUCCCACGGCACCUCGAUCAUCCUCCUCAUCCUCUACAUCCUGUACCUGUACUUCCAGCUCUACUCCCACCACGCCCUGUUCGCCGACGUCGAGAACCAGGAGGGCGGCGACGACGAGAAUGAGGACGGCCAGAUCCUCUCCCCCGUCGCUGCCGGUGUUGCCCUGGUCCUCGUCACCGUUCUUGUCGCCGUCUGCGCCGAGUACCUGGUCAAUAGCAUCGAUUCCAUCGUCGAGUCCGCCCACAUCAGCAAGACGUUUGUCGGCCUGAUUUUGAUCCCCAUCGUUGGCAACGCUGCCGAGCACGUCACAGCCGUCAUCGUCGCCUACAAGGGCAAGAUGGACUUGGCCAUCAACGUCGCAAUCGGCAGCUCCAUGCAGAUCGCCCUCUUCGUCACACCCUUCUUGGUCAUCCUCGGCUGGAUCAUGGGCCAGCCCAUGACUCUGCACUUCCAGGGCUUCGAGACCAUCAUCUUCUUCAUCUCCGUCCUGAUCGUCAACUACUUGAUCCAGGACGGAAAGAGCAACUACCUCGAGGGCGCCAUGUGCCUGGGAACCUACGCCAUCAUUGCGCUCGCCUUCUACAUCUACCCUGACAACGUCCAGGGCGACCCCACUGGUAAUGGCCUCAUCCAGAGGUUCUUUGCCACCAACUAAACGCUGGCCAGUCAACCCUCCUCCCCCCUAUCUAGUCUCCUGA